AUGGCCGUGUACAGCACCGAAUACAUUUCAAUCGUCGUUUCCUUCUUCCUCGUCGGCCUCGAAGCGAUCAUUCGAGUCCUGACACUGGCAUUGCCCUCGUUCCUGGUCACCUUCUUCUACCGAGCUUCGCGACGAUUGUUCAACGUAUUUUCCUCUCCGGCGCAGAAGAAAGCGGAGAGCAAGAAGAAAUCCGUUUCCACCUCCGUGCGCGAUGCGUCCGAUUUCGUUGAAAUGUGCCAGCUGUGGGGGUACGAAGCCGAAGAACACAUAGUUCAGACAAAGGAUGGGUAUCUGCUGGGGUUGCAUCGUCUGCAGUGGCGAAGAGGAGAGGAGGGCCAGAGAGUCAACUGCGGCCGAAACAGCGCCAAGAAGCGCGUUGCUUACCUGCACCACGGCCUACUGAUGAAUUCUGAAGUCUGGGUUUGUCUGACGGAUGAGCAGAGAUGCUUGCCAUUUGAGCUUGUAGAAAGAGGCUUUGACGUCUGGUUUGGAAACAACCGUGGUAAUAAAUACUCCAAGAAAUCCAUCCACAGCUCGCCUACCUCGGUCGAGUUUUGGGACUUUUCCAUUGAUGAAUUUGCCUUUCACGAUAUUCCAAAUAGCAUCGAGUACAUCCUCGAAACGACCGGACAGGAGAGCCUCUCAUACAUUGGCUUUUCGCAAGGAACUGCUCAGGCAUUCGCCGCUCUGGCCAUCCAUCCCAAGCUGAACCAGCAAGUCAACGUCUUUAUUGCUCUCGCCCCUGCCAUGGCACCCGCCGGACUGUCAAACGGCGUCGUCGAUUCCCUGGUCAAGGCCUCACCAUCGGUCCUCUAUCUCAUGUUUGGCAGACGCUCCAUCCUCAGCUCCGCCACCAUGUGGGAGACACUCCUGUACCCGCCCUUGUUCUGCCGCCUCAUCGACAUGGGCCUGUCGUUCCUCUUUGGAUGGCGCGCUAAGAACAUCUCCACGAGUCAGAAACUGGCCGCCUACCCUCACCUGUACUCCUUCACGAGCACAAAGAGCGUCGUCCACUGGUUCCAGAUCAUCCGCAACAAGUGCUUCCAGAUGUACGACGACGACGUCUACCAGCCCAUGAGCCUGGCUUCGUCGAGCAAAUACUCAAAGGUCGCAAAGUAUCCCACCCGCAACAUCAAGACCCCCGUCGUUCUCGUCUACGGAGGCAGCGACUCCCUCGUCGACAUCAAGUCCAUGCUCAAGGAACUCCCGCGCCAGACCGUCGCCACCGAGAUCCCGCACUAUGAACACCUCGACUUCCUGUGGGCGCGCGACGUCGACAGCCAAGUCUUCCAGCACGUCUUCGACGCCCUCAACAGCUUCACCGACGCGGAGCACACCGAGGAGGAGUACGACAGAUAUCACAUGGUCCGCCACGAGAGCCUCACCGGCUCCGCAUACACGCUCGCCCAUCCGCACAGGGGCAGCGAAAGCGACACCUCCAUCAUCGCGUCCUCCUCAGGCGAAGAAGCCAAAAAUCUGCGCCAUCGCGCCCGAGAACAACACGUGCAGAUCGUCUCAGACAAGGACGCCUCAAAGAAGACUGAGGAAGCCCAGCAGCCUGUCGAGAAGCUAAAAGGCGUCGGUGUCCGUAGAGGAAGUGGCCUUGCCAAUAAUGGCGACGUCGUCGAUGGCGUACGGGAUGAAUAA